CGGCGAGCGCGCCGGUGGAACGGAGGACUCGGGGAGUCCGGCCGGGGGUAGGCUAGCCCUGGGCCAGGGCUGAUGGGCAGCUCGAUGCCCGUUAUCCUCGUCGCAACGAAACUCGAGGGCCGCGCGUCCAUGCGGAUAUUAUGCCGACGCGGGGCAAACGACAGCGGCGGCAGCAGUGCAUCACCGGGACCAGCUGCACGGGCCGAUGAGGGCGCGCCUGGGAGCCCCUGGGAUGCCCCAGUCAGCCGGCUAGAGCCGUCGUAUGGAGGGACAGGACGUAACGAGUACGGAGAGCAGCAGUAGCAGCAAUAGCAUUUGGCUUACGAACCUCACGGUCACGAGCGCCAACCGCAGCCUCCACGACGCCCCAUCCCAGGCGUUCCCCACCAGGGCAGUGACACUGGCAGUGGUGCUCGGGAGCGUGAUACUCGUCACGAUAAUAGGCAACAUACUGGUGUGCGUUGCGGUAUUUCUCGUGAAGAAAUUGCGCAAACCGUGCAAUUAUCUGUUGGUAAGUCUCGCGGUGAGCGAUCUCUGCGUGGCCAUGCUCGUCGAGCCGAUAGCCAUGCUUUACGAGAUCAAGGGCAGCUGGUCCUUUGGGCCCGCCAUCUGCGAGAUAUGGGUCAGCUUCGACGUCCUCAGCUGCACCGCCAGUAUACUCAACCUCUGCAUGAUAUCCGUCGACCGGUACUACGCGAUCUCGAAGCCACUGGACUACGGGGUGAAGAGGACCACGCGGCGCAUGAUACUGUACGUGGCGGUGGUGUGGCUCGGGGCGGCCUGUAUAAGCCUGCCGCCGCUCCUCUUGCUGGGCAACGAGUACGGGAUCGACGACAAGACCGGCAAGCUGCGCUGUCUCGUCUGCCAGAACUUUUUCUACCAGAUUUACGCCACGCUCUUCAGCUUUUAUAUUCCCCUCUUCAUCAUGAUCAUGGUGUACUACAAAAUCUUUUGCGCGGCGCGGAAGAUCGUGCUGGAGGAGAAGCGCGCCCAGAGCCACCUCGAGGCCUACUGUCACCUGGACCUGGACCAGCAGCUGUCGGCGCCGACGAAUCGGCAGAAGCAGCCCCCUGAGUUUGAGAUCCACGCGACUCGGGGCCCGUCGCCCGUUGGCCACCAUCGCAACUCCAGCGCCUCCACCACUUGCAGCAGCAAGUGCUUCACGGGUGGGCCCCGCAAGAGCAACGAGUCCCAGUGCCCGAUGCUCCAAGUGUACAGCGCGGAAAAGCAGCCGAUCCUCCCGCACCAGGACAGACAACAAGCGAGCCAAACGUCGACUACGCCACCCCCGGGGCCGCACCAGCUCCUACUGCGGGACUGUAGGCUACCCCCGGGCAGCAGGUACCGGCGCCAGGCCCCCAACACCGGGAGCACGAGCAGCGACUCGCCCCACAAGCAAAAACGCCUCCGGCUCCAAUUGGCCAAGGAGCGCAAGGCCAGCACCACCCUCGGCAUCAUCAUGAGCGCGUUCACCGUGUGCUGGCUGCCCUUCUUCGUCCUCACGGUCGUGCGCAUCUGCCUCAAGGACCCCGACGCCAUACCCGGCUCUCUAUCCUCGGUCUUCCUCUGGCUCGGCUACUGCAACAGCCUCCUCAACCCCGUGAUCUACGCCACCCUCAACCGGGACUUUCGCAAGCCCUUCCGGGAGAUACUCUACUUCAGGUGCGGCAACCUCCAGCACAUGAUGCGCGAGGAGUUCUACCAGAGCCAGUACGGCGACCCCGUCAACAAUUACCUCGCCCGCCCGAACAGCGAGUCAAUGGGCCCGGGUACCGCGGUGGUCACGCCCGGUGCGGUGCACGUGCACUCGGGACCGGCCCAACACCGGCACAAGCCCCUCGACGACGAUGCCGCUUCAUGCGUCACCGCGUACCCCAGUGCCGACUACGUGGACGACGAAGACGAGCAGAUAGAGGAGGAGGAGGAGGAGGUUCCGGGCCUCGCGUCGCCCCCACCUCUCCAGACGGAUCCGCCCAGCGAGAGCUUCCUGUGAUCGCCCCACUGCGCGCUCCACCACCACCAACACCUACAACUAACGCGUACCUAAUGAUAAUAAUCAUUACAAUCAUCAUAUACAUAUAUAUAUAUAUACUACAUGGGUUCGGUUACUACAUAAUAUAUAUAUAUCCAUCAUCAUCAUUCGAGAAGAUUAUACGUUAUUGAGUUCGAUUCGGUGAUUAAUAUAUUUUUAUUAUUGGUAUCGACAGAUGAGCGUUUCUACAUCCAUAUACGUACACGAGUCCAUACGAAUAAUAUAUACAUUGGUACAAUUAUCAUGCCCACACACGUAAUAGUAGAUGGUAUAGAUAGAGGCAAGUAUAGGUACGUGGGUGUGUGUAUCGAUCGUGUCAUGAUUUCGCGGAUGUAUAGGUACAUACGUAUGAGUUUUUUGUAGAGAAGAUUAGCAAAAUGUAUAAACGUGUAUUCAUAGCGUGACUAUGUAUUAUUGUUUAAAAGCAAAGCGUUGGAAGGGUAUUUUCGACACUAUAAAUGGUGCUUGUAGUAUCGAUCGAUGAUGGUACAAUGAUUUCGUUUUUACGAUUUGUUCGGCGAACCAGCCAAUAUCGACAAUUAUUUGAUUGAGGCGUGCAACCAUCCGUUCGAGCGUAUAUUUAUAUACGAUUAUGUUGAAAAUUAAAUUAAUUUCUAAUCUGUGCGCGCAGCUCGAAAUGUAAAGCUUCGGGAAGGAAAAGGAAUCACGGAACGUGUGGACGAUAACAGUGCGGUUUCGAUGCUUUGUAUCGCAAAUUGUGGUCAAACGUGUAGAUAUAUACGUUAUACCAAGGAAAUACGCGCGAAACAAAUACAGGAUCGUGCAAGAUUGUAACCGUCUCGAUGACAUUCAAAAUAUAACAAUAAUCAUAACACACGUGUAUAGGUACAUAUAUAUAUAUAAAGUUCUUUGAAACGUUUUUUACGAGAGCAGCGGCAAAAUGUGUAACAAUUAAGUCGGUGUAGGGUAUGACGCAAGUACAUUUACGUAUACUACAUGCAUGUGAUUGUCUCUCUUUCGUAGAUGCGAUUGGCGUAGGCGGGGGAUAAAAAAAAAAAAUCUAAAUGAAAAGAAAAUAGUGUGUAUCUCUUGGACAGGUGUGCAGUGUAACGAAAUGCCGUUGAGGUAAACGAAGCGAAAACCCGUGGGCCGCGUAACUAGAAAGGUUAAUUGAUGUGCGUGGCUGAUGAAUGGACAAGUAAGUCGUUGAAAAAUCUCCCGCGCGAACUUGGUUACGGCGGAUGCGAAAAAAAAGCUUUUUGAUUGAUUGCCUACUCGUGUACUUCAUUCCGAGCUCCACCCCGUUGACUCGGUAUUCGGGAUGUCCCGAAAUAGCUUGGAUUCUUCAUGAAGCACAUUUCUGUAGUCGCUGUGUGAAUUUUUUUUUUUCUUCUUUUCCUUCCAUCGCAGCAAAACUUCUUGUGACACACUUUUUUUUUUUUUUCUUUUUUUUUUCCUCUUCGUACCGAGAAACUACUUUUAAUUUUCCUUGGAAAUACCGAGUGAUUCGCGACGUUUUUACAUCACUCAGCUCAUCGCAAAAAGGUAAUGGGGUUCCCCUGCAUCCUUCUUUUACAAAUGAUCCACUUGAGGACUACUCACAAGUUUUUGUAAACAAAAAAAGAAAUUCCUAUGAACCGAAUGGUUCAAAAGGGUCCGAAGAAGAAGAGAAAAAUUGGCUCACAAGGCGAUCUCGUGGAAAAAAAAAAAAAA